AUGAUUUAAAAUAAAGAACAUCUACCCCAGGAAUGGUUUGACUUUAUCGAAUAAAUCAAAAUUUUGAAUCCAAUUGAUGAAGAAACAGUAAAAUAAUUUGUAAAAGUUCGGGUCAGCCAAUUUCCAUCAGAUUAAUAAAUGAGAGAAUACUAUGAAGAAGUUUUUUCAAAAUCGACCAAUGAUUCAAGUCGAAAGAAGUGGCAUCAAUAAGACAAAAUUUUGCUUAUUUGGUGCGUGACUAAAUACUUGAUGUCUUAAAAUAGAUCUGACCUUAUUCCUAAUAAUGGGGAUUGGGAAUAUAUAUCAAAAAUACUGUGUGUAGAUAAGUAAUUAGUGGAGUUAAAAUGGUUAUCCUUACUCCAUUCCAAUCUAAAAAUCUCAACCUGGACCAAAGAAGAGGAUCAAAUUUUGACCGAUAUUGCAAGUUAACACUAUUCAAAAAAUAAUUGGACAGAACUAACAAUUAAGUUUAAUUAAUUGUCCUAGACUUAGAGAUAUCCUAAAUAAAUUAGGGAGAGGUGGAAUAACGUGUUAAACCCAUCCAUUUCCAAACAGACGUGGACAAAGGAGGAGAAAAUCAAACUCAUCUAACUGAUUUUAGAAUACGGUAAGAAGUGGUCUAAAAUACAAAAUUAAAUGAAUAGUAGAAGUGAAAAUUAAAUCAAAAAUCAAUACAAUGGAAUCAUCCGAAAUUUAAAACGAUUUAAUGUUUAACCAUCUGAAGAGAGAUUGCUACUAAAAGCAAUUGCUGAGAAUCCGGAUCAAAAACUCAAUUUAACAGUUACGUAAUUUAUGUCUGAUUUCUUGGCCAAAAAAGAUGCAUCCAAAAGAGUGGAUACACCCUUGCUAAACAAUAGAAAAAUGGAAGGUGCAAACUUAAAAAAAACUCAAGUUGAAAUACCUCCUCUUGACAAUCCAUUAAGUACUUCAAAUCUAUCAUAAAUUGAAAAGUCCAAAAUAAGUCAGGAAUCUUAGCAUCAAAUCCCUUUAAAUCCAAACUUAUACCAAUUGUAAAAUAGUAACCUCUCCAUUCCUCAAGUAUAACAACAAUAAAUGUAUUACGGAAACUAAUAUUAUAUGAACAGUUUCCCUAAUCCCUAUAUGAAUUAUGCUCCAAUUAAUUAGGCUUAUCCAAAUUAUUAUUAAUUUCCCUUGAGUUCAGGAUUUUAAUAAUAUCCAGGAUAUUUCUGA